AUGGUCGCACGCAUCCUCGGGCUGUUAGCCCUCUUCACCGUCCCCCUCACGCAAGCAUCCGCCAUCCCUGUAAACCAAGCCAUACUCCAGGAUGAAGCACCCACCCUCAACCCCGCGGGAGAAAUAGACGCAGGAACAUUCACCCGCCCAAGCUGGUUCACAUCAACCCUGAUGGCCCGCCGCCUCCUGGCAAAGUCAUCCUCAGGCGUAAUCUCAACCAUAUUCCCUAACCCACCGCCACCAUCCUCCCGCUCUCCUCAAGAUGUCGCCGGACUACCCAUAGGACUCCGCGAAUACGUCUCAGACUGCAACACCGCUCUCCCAGACAGCCUUAGCAACAGUGACAACGGUGAUCCCACCAUUCUAGCGCUCCGUGUUGCGACCACAUUCAAGAACAUCGGCGCCGACUCCAAGAACUUCUCUCUCGAGUUGGACUGGUGGGAUCACCUUGACCAGGCUGGGCCCGUUUAUCCUGGAUUACCACUUAGUGCUGCCGCGCUGCCUCGCGUCACGCUCUUCGGGUAUCUGGAUACGCUAGAACUGUCUGAGCUUGAGGGUUCAGGUGCGGCCGAGCUGGAAGAAUGUUUCCUUGAUACGCAUCCUGAUGCUAGGGUAUGGCUACCCGGUGCAGCGGGGUCUCCACAUUCGAGUUUCUGGGCGCGGAUGGUCGUGACGGCCGUUUAUUGGAUUGGCGGAUUUGGGGACGUGCAGCAGAUUGGGUGGAUGGACGUCGAGGAGUGGAAGGGAAUUGGCCGGUAUGAGAGUAGUGUUGGAGAUGGGCGUGGGUGGGAAGAUGUACGGCUCCCGGGCGAAGAGUGA